AUGCCUGAGCAACAAACCAACGGAAUGGAAGGCGGCCUCUACCCCCCGAAAAAGAUCGUACGGGUUGUUAUCGACCUCACGGAAGAUGCUAGGUGCUGUGUACACUGCCAAAAGGAAACUGUGGAGCCCGAAGACGAUGAUUAUAUUAUAGAGGGCUCCGGAGGUCGGGACUACCCGGUGUGCGCCGAAUGUGUACGAACUGGACAGACCGGGAGCGAUAGCAGCAUCGACCUAAAAAACGUCCGCAAGAUACACGGACUGCGCGAUCCUUGCUCAAUUUGCAAUCGUACCAUUGACAACCCCUCGAGGCCGAGGUCUUGCGGGCACGUUUUCUGUCAGAACUGUCUUUAUUCCGCCAGGGAGUACCUUAGCUCAUGCCCAGCUUGUCGUACCCCAUGCUGCCAGGAGCAGCACUGCAAGUCUAGUCGUUGCGUUCUCCCGGUCAAAUCACUCAAGCCAGAUAAGCUUAAGCUUAUAAUAUUAACGGAGUGGGUAAAAGAAUCGGAGAACGUAUGA